CACCACUCCUCCACGAGAGUAGUAGUAAUGAUGACCUGAAUACACCAUCAUCACCGCCGCUGCCGCCGCCGCCGCCGCCGCGGGGCGCCCGGCACGAGGAGCCGCAAAAUGGCCAUGCGGCCGCCGCUCAGAAGGCCAAAAAGCAAGGAGGGGACAAGAGCAAGAACGAGAGUAAGAAUAAGGACAACACGGCCGCAAAUGCAAGGCAGCAGAAGCCGCAGCAUCAGCAUCAAGCAGCAGACCAGCCUCAGCCGCAGGGGGACUUUGCCUUUAUGCCCCUGCGCACGCGCAAGGAGCUCACGCUGAAGUGCAUCCCGAUGCAGUGCGCCGCCACGGCGGCCGCGCUCAGGGACGGCGUGUUUUACGCGCAGGUCGUUUUCUGAUAUGUUGUUUUUCUUUUGUGACAGCGGAUUAGAUGAAGAGCAGACCCGCUUUGCUGUUUGUUUUUUCUCCUUUGAGUGUUCCCCGUUUUCUUUAUUCGGAUUCAGCCAGAUCAAGCGAGCACGGGCGAAAUGGAUGGACUCUCUUAGGAAGUGCGGGGGCCAGGGGAAUCAAGGGCCAACUGGGCAGAGAGAGAGAAAGAGAGAGAGAGAGAGAUAAGGGAAAGUCAGAGAAAGACAAAGAGCCGCAGAGAAGAGCAGAGACAGAGAAGUACGUGGGGAAUGCAAACACACUUGCCCCCGGCAGAUACACAAGAGAAGAUGUCGAGCUGAACGGGAGACUGUUGCAUGUUGACCGAAUAUGAUGUACCCUUCCAUGAGUUCCAUUCAUCUAGACCAGGCAAAGUAGAAGCAAAAAAGGCCAAUGGCUGUCUACCCUCGGACGAGUGCCUGCUUCUUUUCUCUGCGGACGGCGGCCACGAGUGUGUACGGGACGAUGACGGUGGAGAGGCUGCCUGAUGUACCUGGCGAUGUUGUUGGGGGGGAAGGCCGACGCCCGCCCAUCAGCCUCGAGCUGCGCAGAGAGCUAGAGAUCGACGAACUUCAUGGUGGUCGACAUGGCCUGCCUGAUCCGCUUGUAAGAGGUGCAGUCCGGCUCC